UUAAAGGCGGAAGUAUUGCAUGUGUAAACAGAGGCACGGUGCGGCGAUGAUGAUAAUAAUCUCUAUAAGUUAGUUACAUGUAAACAGUGUUCCUGUUACAGUACAUUAUUGCUAUUUCUUUAUUUUUAUUAUUUUAUAUCAGACUCUGAGAGUGUCAGAAUGCUGAAAGCUGUAAUUCUCAUCGGAGGACCACAGAAAGGUACACGGUUCCGCCCACUCUCUUUUGAGGUUCCCAAACCACUGUUUCCUGUGGCAGGAGUUCCCAUGCUCCAGCAUCACAUUGAGGCCUGCACUAAGGUGCCGAACAUGAAGGAGAUCUUACUGAUAGGAUUUUAUCAGCCGAACGAAGAGCUGAACCGCUUCUUAUCUUCUGCACAGCAGGAGUUCAAAAUCCCAGUGAGGUAUCUGCAGGAGUAUGCAGCUCUGGGAACAGGAGGAGGGAUCUAUCACUUCAGAGAUCAGAUCCUGUCCGGUUCUCCUCAGGAGUUCUUCGUCCUGAACGCAGACGUGUGCUCAGAGUUUCCUCUGGAGGAUAUGCUGCAUUUCCAGAAGGAGCACGGAGACUCUAACAGCUUCAUCAUCCUUGCCACCACGGCCAACAGGAAGCAGUCACUGAACUACGGCUGCAUCGUGGAGAACGAACAAACCAGUGAGGUGCUGCACUAUGUGGAGAAGCCGAGUACAUUCGUCAGUGACAUCAUUAACUGUGGGAUUUAUCUGUUCACUCCGGAGAUCUUUCAGCACAUCGGAGCUGUGUUUCGGAAAAACCAGCAGGAUGUGAUGCUGUAUCCAUACGAGGGAGACGAGCAGUGUAACGGCUGGCAAAGAGCCGAGGUGAUCCGUCUGGAGCAGGAUAUUUUCACGGCUCUGGCGGCUCAGGAGAAACUGUACGUCUACAAAACCGACCGAUUCUGGAGUCAGAUUAAAUCUGCAGGAUCAGCGAUCUACGCCAGUCGGCUGUAUCUGAACCAGUACCAUAAGACCCAUCCUGAGAGACUGGCCACCAAUAAGGACAGAGGACCCAAAGUAAUUGGAAAUGUUUACGUCCAUCCUACUGCUAACAUCGAUCCCACUGCUGUGUUGGGUCCAAACGUGUCAAUAGGAACCGGAGUGACGAUCGGGGCCGGGGUCCGAGUCAGAGAGUCCAUCAUCCUCCACGGAGCCACUUUACAAGAUCACAGCUGUGUGUUGAACAGUAUAAUUGGGUGGGACAGCACCAUCGGGAAGUGGGCGAGAGUGGAGGGAACGCCGAGUGACCCCAACCCCAACGACCCGUAUGCCAAAAUCGACAGCGAGACUCUGUUCAGAGACGGAAAACUGACACCAUCCAUCACCAUACUGGGCUGUAACGUGACGAUCCCGUCCGAAGUGAUCAUCCUCAACUCCAUCGUCCUGCCGCACAAAGACCUCAACCGCAGCUUCAAAAACCAGAUCAUCCUGUAACGGUUAUUCCACGUCUCGCAACGCGUUCGCCAAAAUAUCCUCUUCGGUCCUGUUUAGUACGAGGCUUUUACAUAGUACUCCAGUUUAGACAUAAUUCCCAAACUCACUAUUAAUGAACUUUUCUUGUUCAGUUACAGUAAUGACAAAUUUCCUCUAAGAGCCUUUUGUUUUUAUUCUAAUUAAUUAACAUAAUUAUUGUGAUAGUCCAAUAAAUAAUUCUAUUGGCUAAAGAUCACUUAGUAAAGUUUAACUACACUCAGGUCACGGAUCAUCCGACAUACUGGAUCUGGAUCACUGUGUGUUUAAUUUGUCAGUAAUUAAUUAGGUAUCAGGGGGUCAUGGUGUCUUAGUGGUUAGCACGUUCGCCUCACACCUCCAGGGUUGGGGGUUCGAUUCCCGCCUCCACCUUGUGUGUGUGGAGUUUGCAUGUUCUCCCCGUGCCUCGGGGGUUUCCUCCGGGUACUCCGGUUUCCUCCCCCGGUCCAAAGACAUGCAUGGUAGGUUGAUUGGCAUCUCUGGAAAAUUGUCCGUAGUGUGUGAGUGAAUGAGUGUGUGUGUGUGUGUGUGUGUGUGUGUGUGUGCGCCCUGUGAUGGGUUGGCACUCUGUCCAGGGUGUAUCCUGCCUUGAUGCCCGAUGACGCCUGAGAUAGGCACAGGCUCCCCGUGACCAGAGGUAGUUCGGAUAAGGGGUAGAAGAUGAAUGAAUAAUUGGGUAUCAGUUCACUGAAGAGCACCAGCAUGACGUUCAGGGCCUGUGGACGUUAUAUCUAAUUACAGUGAGCAGUGGGAAUUACGUUAACUCGUACAUAAACGCGUUUGUUAAUUAGCUAUAUAAUAAAGAAUAAAAUAAAACGGCGGUUUUUCACUGCAGCGAUGACGUCACCUCCAUUAUAAAAAGCAGAUGUGUCAAGGUGAGCAGUUCAGACACAGUUUAUGUUACAUUACUGAACAUGAGGCAGAUAUUUGUGUGUAUUCGUUGAUUUUAGUUCAGUCUGGUGCUCAGCUGUGAUUUACUCAAACAGGACAAAAGAUCCAAGCCUCAAUAUAAUCAUCUUUAUUUAUGCAAUUCCUCUAAGCUGCUUCAAGACGCAAAUAUUUAAAAAUACAGAUCAAUCUUCUACAUUUUCAUGAUGAAAUGUCAUGACUUUUUUUUUUCUGCCAAAAACGCACACUGUUUAUUCUCUAAAAGAACGUGAGCGACGUUCAGGAGCUUCCUGUGCUGAAGCAUUAAUAAUCAGGUCAUAAUGUUAAUGUGUGUGUUGUGUUUAAUAAAGUAAGUGUUAAAUAUAAA